UCGAUCCUACGUAUAAUGCACUCUCUGGCGAGUUGCGUGUCGCCAACGACGUCCACUCAUAUAGAGACUCACAAAGAUUUUGCCGACAUUUGCAACAUCACAGAUGACGAGGUAGUUGAACGCUAUGAGAGCUCCCCUCACAUUCGGAAUGUUGCACGCUUGGGCAGUCUGGCAGCACCCAUACGCAUGAUUACGCCUCACAUCGUCGCCAAGACGGGGAUUGAAAUGACAGAGUGGGAACCGCAAACAAUGCAGGUCGUUCGUGAUCAGACUACUAUUCCUGUCCCGGAGGUUUUGCGCGUGGUCAAGAACAAACGUUAUAUUUACCUUCUCAUGGAACAUAUUCCGGGAAGGACUUUGGAAGAAUGUUGGGAUGAAUUAAGUUUGUGGAGGAAGAUCUGGAUUGCGUGGAAGCUACGCUCAUACAUCCGUCAACUCCGACGUAUCCGUUUACCUCAAAUCGACGCGCAGGUACCCGGGCCACUUACAGAAGAUCUGUCUCACCCUAAACAGUGUGCGAACCCAAUAUUCGGCGAAUAUGAAGUAGGACCAUUCCCUUCCUUUUCAUCCAUGGUUCGAUGGUUCAACGAACGACUUGUGGUUGCCUAUCGUUUCGAUCCUGUUCCUAAUGAACAACCUGAACCACUCAAGGCCAGAGGACCGCUUGUUUUAACCCAUGGCGACCUCGUUCCUCGUAACAUCAUUCUCGGUGAUGAUGGUCGACUGUGGAUCAUCGAUUGGGGAUCCUCAGGCGUUUAUCCUAUCUGGUUCGAAUAUGCGGCUAUGAUGCGCAGUGCGAACAGACCAUACAACGGUCUCAAAAGGGCUUCUCUAUCUUGGUUCAGGAUAAUCCGUUUCGCUACCGGCGCGUAUGAUACCGAGUACGAGUUUACUGAACGAAUCGCCUUUGCUGUGACUACCUUUGCCUUUGUGCCUGUUUCUGAGGCUUUGAAAUGAGUACAUAUCUAUUUGUUAUUCAGCGACAUUGCUAUCGUUCACAUGCCAGCCACAAUUCGAACUAGUUUGGACUUGGACUUUGGACUGACAAAAACCCGACUGGUCCAGUUUGAAAUGACCGGCCAACAGUCAUCCUCAAAACUUCUAACAGUUCUGUUGAUGUCAAGGUUACCCGGCCGCGAUAGUUGACCUUCUCCAAGUGUUUUCAAUAUGUCUUCCACAGCUAAAGACACGUCGGCACCUGACCAGGGCACUAACGGUAUCAUCUUGUUCCAGGGCUUUUUGCAAUACCUUUGCCAAGGCAUCGUCUUUGCGCAGGCCGUAAAGUUUUGGAAGCGAUCCGCCAGUGAUACGGUCUACUUGCGCGCCUUCGUGGCUUUACUCCUAGCUCUUGCUACGUUACAGACAGCAAUAGCAUCAUAUAAGGUAUGGAUUAUGACAGUAGAACAGAGACACUGGUGGACAAGUCACCUCUAUAAUACGGAUUUUCUCGUCAAUGGCCUGAUUUGCACAGUAUGUGAGACCUAUCUGAUACGCAGGUGCUGGAAGUUCAGUCAACGGAACAUAUGGGUUCUUGUUGCACUUGGAAGUCUCGCGCUGUGUGCCUUUAUCGCAAAUAUAUACCUGGCGGUCAGGAUUGGUUGCUCUAUUGGUAUGGCACCUCAGUACAGCGAUCCCUUACGAGUAAGUAUUUGGGCGUUCCCGUUCUGGGUCUAUGUUUCAUUAGCUCUGGAUCUUGCAACAACCUCGAUUCUGUCCAUAUAUCUGUGGAAAUCUCGGACGGGCUACUGCUAUCUGGACAAGACACUCCGAAAUAUUAUUGGCAUUACAUGGGAGUCAGCCGCCCUCCCCUGUGUUUUCAUGAUCAUAUCGGCUAGUCUUUUCUUCUCUGGCCGAAAUUCUAAAGAAGUCCGACACCUGGAUAUUUUCUUCAUCCUCAGUACAGCCAAAUUCCACACCCACGGUCUCCUUCGGACUCUGAACUCACGCAUCAAAUUCCGCGAGAGCUUUCAGCAUCAUGAAGACGUCGCACGACAAUCUUUGGGUUCAUGGUUGUCGAACGCAGAGACUGUUGUCGAGAGUGACGAGACACGAAGUAUCCGAACGCUUGAAGAAAACGAACCUUCGAGAGGUUCGAGGAAGAAAUCGGAUGUUGCUGAAGUGUCCGACAACAGUGUAGCAUCUGCGGCGAUGCGCCUUGGAACAAAUGCUUCUGAGAUGAUAUCCUCAUCGCCAGAAAUGGAUACACGGGAGCGGGGUAUCACCGUGCGGGACACGGAUUUCAUCAUAGUGCAUUGAGUCUACAUUUAUACGGGCUUUUCUAAAUACACAAUACUCAUUC